GCCCUGGAAGCCCUCCGCAGCAACCUGAAAGCCCAAAACCUGACAGCCGAAGUUGUGUGUGGAGACCUCGGUAUCCCUGUGUUUCUCCAGAAGUUGUUGGCAGCGCUGCCGACAAGGUCGAUGGUCUCCCCCGACAGUCCGGAGGAGGGAGACUUCAGCGAGGAUGACAUGGAGGAAGCAGACCAAGGAAGCCAAGAUGACAGCCCGCCGUUCGUUGGUGCUGUGCCCGCGACGCUGCCGGCACCAGAUGUCCUCGUCGUG